CAAGAAGACCCUUAAAGUAUCCAUUAAGUUUUCAGUAUGUAUGACACUUAUUCAUCUCUUCUUGAUGGUAAUUUCGUGACUAUAUAACCAAACAAGUUCACAUACAAAAAGGUCACUACAUCGAUGAUGUGGAUCGUCUUCUCGGCUCUCCUACUGUUCUUCACCAUCACCACAAGCUUCUUCUCAACUCUAACAGCAUCCACUUCACCAGCUCUCCAUCCAGACGAAUUGACUGCGCUUGGGGAGAUAGCUACUACACUUGGUAUAAAGAGACUGAACCUUAGUGCUGGAGACCCAUGUCGUUUAGAAACUCUAACGAUCAUACAACAAGUUGGUUUUGUUUCGAACCCGGAGGGGAACAACACCAUUGGUUGUGAUUGUACCUUCAACAACAACAUGACAUGUCAUGUUACAGUAUUAAUUCUCGGGAAUUUUACUCUUCUGGGGAAACUUCCACCUGAGUUGGCCAAGCUUCGAUAUCUCCAGUCAAUAGGGCUUGAAGCAAACCAGUUCUCUGGUCCGAUUCCUGAUGAGCUUGGUAACUUGACCAGCCUAAGAAGAUUGCAUCUUGCAUCCAAUCAGUUUAAUGGAAGCUUGCCUACCACUCUCGCUAGACUAGUAAACCUUGAGGAAUUUUGGAUAGGUGACAAUAACUUUAAUGGCACCAUCCCAGCGUAUAUUGGCAACUGGCCUCGGCUUAAAGAGUUAUUUAUAUACGCAAGUGGACUGAAAGGACCUAUUCCUGUGGAAGUGACCCGUCUUGAAAACCUUACUGAUGUGAGAAUUAGUGAUACGACUGGGAUAAACUCCUUUCCAAUUCUAUCCAGCGAAUUCAUCGAAACCCUGAUUUUGAGGAAUGUGGGUUUGUCUGGUCCAAUUCCUCCUUACAUCUGGAAUAAGACAGAAUUAAAGAGACUAGAUUUAUCCUUUAACAAGUUGACCGGUGAAGUUCAAGAAGUACAAAAUGCACCAAAACAUACCUAUCUGACUGGCAACAUGCUUUCUGGAGACGUUGAAUCUGCUGUUUCCCUCAACAGAAAAUCUGAUAUUGAUCUUUCUUAUAACCAUUUCUCUUGGUCAUCAAGCUGUCAGGCAAAAAGAACUGGGCUUCUUCCAUGUGCCGGCCCAACCAAAUGCAUGAACUAUCAGCGAUUCCUACAUAUAAAUUGUGGUGGAGGAAAUGUAACUAUUACAAACUCUAGGGGUAAAAUCACUUAUCAGGCUGAUGAUGAAGGUAAAACCAUGUCCGCAACAAAUAAGCAACUGGAAAACUGGGGAAUAAGCAACACUGGUGACUUUACCGAUGAUCCAAGUGAUGAUGACUCUUACAUCAUUACAACUAGUUUAAGACUAUCUCGAGAUUCUUCUGAUAUCUAUAAGACCGCACGUCGAUCUGCUCUGUCUUCAACUUAUUAUGCGUUUUGCUUGGAAAAUGGAACCUACAAUGUGAAACUCCAUUUUAUGGAGAUCCAGUUUUCAAACCAAGAACUAUACAGUCGUCUUGGCAGACGCAUAUUUGACGUUUAUGUUCAGGGAAAAUUGUUCUUGAGGGAUUUUAACAUCAAAGAAGAGGCUAAUGGGACUCUGAAGCCUGUUAUCAAAACAUUGAAUACGAAUGUGACCGAUCAUAUCUUAGAGAUUCGGUUGUAUUGGGCGGGUAAAGGGACAACACUCAUUCCAAACAGAGGAUACUAUGGUCCUCUCAUCUCUGCAAUCUCCUUGUGUCACAGUAAGUCAGGAACCACGAUGCGGAGGUUCUUAGACAAAGAAACUACUUUGUUAAAAAUGUCUUUUGGUAGAUUGGCUGAUAUAUAUAUUUACACUUUUAGUGUAUCAUUUUCAGCGGAGAAAAUAAAACAUCACACUAAUUAUCCACUAAUUUUGGGGACUAUGGGUGCCUUGUUAGCAAUUACCCUCUUGGUUUUGGGAUUAUUUGCUCGGAGAAGAUGCAGACGAGACAAGAACACGAGAGAAAGAGAUCUGAGAGCCGAGGGUUUGCAAACGACUUUCUUUAGUUGGAGGCAACUACAAGCUGCAACAAACAAUUUUGAUGAAGCCAACAAACUUGGAGAAGGAGGAAAGAGCUCCCUGAAACUGGAUUGGGGAGCCAGACAAAAAAUAUGUGUUGGAAUUGCAAGAGGGCUUGAAUUCCUCCAUGAAGGAUCGGCGAUAAGAAUGGUUCACCGUGACAUAAAAACCACAAAUGUGCUUCUAGAUGCCGACCUCAAUGCAAAGAUAUCCGACUUUGGAUUGGCUAGGCUCCACGAAGAAGAUCACACUCACAUUAGCACCAAAAUUGCAGGGACCAUUGGAUAUAUGGCUCCGGAAUAUGUGUUAUGGGGUCAAUUAACAGAGAAAGCAGACGUGUACAGCUUCGGUGUUGUGGCAAUGGAAAUUGUAAGUGGGAAGAGUAAUUCUAAAAAGAAGGGAAGUGUUGAUGACGCCUCCCUUAUCAAUUGGGCGCUAACGCUGCAACAGAAAGGGGCCACAUUGGAGAUUGUAGAUCCAGUGCUGGAAGGUGAUUUCAACAGCAAAGAAGCCGUGAGGAUGAUCAACGUUGCUCUUGUUUGCACAAACUCAUCUCCUUCGUUGAGACCAACAAUGUCAGAGGCCGUGCAAAUGCUCGAGGGAGUGAUCGAAAUAACACAGGUUAUGUCAGAUCCUGGUUUAUAUGGAGACAACUGGAGCAUCUCAAAGCUGAGGGACGUUGAUACACAUGGAAGCUCGAGCACGUCUGGUGUGACCGAUCAAACAACAACAACAAUCAAAUCCUCUGUUUCUGGUUCCAGUCUCUAUCCAUGAUCCUAAACUCCACAGCAGAGUUUUCUUCCUCGUCACUGUAAUCUGUAAUAUCAAAAGCUGUGCACAUUGCCUUAUCUCUUAAGAAAGAAGAAAGGCUUGUGAAGUUAGCUACAUAGUCACAUUACUUAAGUUGUCUGAAACCUUAUACUACAUAGACCCAAAAACACUGGUAUUUCUAGCUCUCUUUCUUCUCACUUCGGUGGAACACUUUUCUGAAUCAAACCUUACUACGAAGUUGUCUGAUAAGAGUUGGACCAAACCCCAA